GAAAUAAAGACAAUUUGUCAACUCAGAGAUGGUUUGAUUUUUUCAGUCAAUCAUUAGAAUUUAUUGUUCUUGUGAAAAAAAUUUAAGUAAUAAGAAAAGAAGAUUCUAUGACAUUUUUAUUAUAAAUAAUUAUUAUUAAAUAAUAAAAUGCAAUUUCACAUUCUAAAGAUUAAAUAGAAGACUAAAAUAAUGUUUAGAACACCAAUAAAUAACAAAAAUUAUAUAUUUUCAAAACAAAAAUUAAAUUAAGCACGUUUGGUUUUGGGGGAAAAAAGAAGAAGCAAGAAGCCGAGACCUCGUGAUAGCUAACCGAGAACGAAGAAAAAUAGAGGGAAAAAGGGGGAAAAAAAAAGAGAGAGACAGAGAGUAAAAAAUAAAAAUAAAAAAGAAAAAAAAAACUAAUUGCAGGGAGGGAUUGCUCGAGACACAAACAAAGCAAAGCUCUCUCUUAUACAAAUCAGCAAACACCAAAAAAAAGAUUUAAACAAAAUUGGAAGAAAAGAGAAAAAAUGCAGUGUUGAAAGUAUUAAUUGACAGAGAAACAGAGAGAUAAAGCGCGAAGAAAAAAAUCGAAAGGCAGAGCUACGAUUUCUGUCUGCAAUUGGUAGAAACAAGUGUGUGGUUAUUGAGGUCAGAGCUCAAUAAAUCUCUAUUCCUUAAAAAAUCUCACACUCACUCUCUCAAAGUUUACUUCUUUUUUAACUCUUUUAUUUCAAUUCCAAUUUCCUCUGCUCUGUUAUUAAACUUAAUAAUCUCUCAGCUUCACUGAUCCCUUUCUCUUUUUCAACUUCAAUUUUCUAAAUUUGAAGUUUCCACUUUUCUUUUUUUCUUUUUUAAUCUUUCUAAUUCUCUGUUUUAGUGGGUGGUUACAAUUCUUGCAGUGAACAUAAAUUUUACGGUUUGAGCUCCAAGGCUCGGUGAUUUGAACUUUAGGGUUUUGAUUUUUAUUAUGUAUUUGUAUCAAUUUGACUUGAUUUUGAGGUUUUGGAUAAGUUUAACGAGUGAGUUUGAUCUCUAGGGUUUUGGCUUCUUUUUUUUUAAUGCAAACAUGAGAUUUGGGUUCGCAUUCUAUGGUUUCUGGACGGGUGAAUUUUGGGCUGUUUGGAAACAGAAAUAACUGUAUUCUUGUUGGCAAUUGAGUACAUGCUGUUUUGAGAAAUCUCAGAGCUUUGAGAAUUGAUUUGCAUUGAAUUGUUAUGUGGGUGUUUGAAGUUGUAAUCUUUUGGAGGCUUGUGUAAUAGUAUCUUGAAGUGUUGUUCAGGGUGAUUCGGGUUUUUCUGUAGUUGUGUUGGAUGGUGUAUAAAUUUGUUUGUUGAGAAAUGCAACCUCAGCAGAGCUCCAGAACUGAUUUGGUUGAAUUGAAAACUCAGAUUGUGAAGAAGGUUGGAGUUGAGAGGUUCAGGAAGUAUUUUCAUUACUUGAAUAGGUUUUUGAAUCAGAAACUGAGCAAGAGUGACUUUGACAAGUCAUGUUUCCGCCUACUUGGAAGGGAAAAUCUUCCACUGCACAAUCAGCUUAUCCGUUCCAUCUUGAAGAAUGCUUGUCAGGCCAAGACCCCACCACCAGCUUAUGAGACGGGUCCCACGAAAUCUGUGAUCCAAGUUGCAAAAAGCUCUCCUGGUAGAGAAGAUGGGCAUGAACAGAGUGGUGGAUCCCUUCUUCCUAAUCAGAAUCAAAAUCUGCCCAUUUUGUCAAAUGGGGUUUUGCCAAUGUCCCCUCGUAAGAUUAGGUCAGGGAUGCGUGAUCGUAAGCCCCGAGAUAGACCUAGCCCACUUGGGCCAACUGGGAAAGUUGAUUGCAUCCCACAUCAAUCAACCGGUGCAGAAGAUAGUGGCAAUAAGGUUAUUGUGGAUAAUGGAGAAUUGCCUAUAUGUGAUUAUCAGAGACCAGCACAACAUCUUCAAGUAGUUGCUGAGCAGCCUGAGACUGAAAUGGCAGUGUCAAUUCAACGGCUGUCUGAAAAACCAAGGACUUGUAGCAAAGAUCAGACAGCUUUUGUGGAAGAUGGGGAAGAGGUGGAGCAAGCAAACCACUUGAGCUUAUCUAGAAGUCCACUACUUGCGCCUCUUGGAAUUCCAUUUUAUUCAGCUAGUGUGGGCGGGGCCCGCAAAGCUAUGCCAGCAACAAGCAGCAGUGGUUUUGUUAGCUAUUAUGACAGUGGUGGAUUAUCCAGCACAGAACUGCUGAGGAAACGCAUGGAGCAGAUUGCAGCUGCACAGGGCGUCGGAGGGGUUUCAUUGGAAUGUGCGAAUAUGUUGAACAAUAUGUUGGAUAUGUACUUGAAGAGGUUGAUAAAGUCUUGUGUUGAGUUGGUAGGAGCAAGAUCUCCAUAUGAUCUAAGAAAGCACCAAAUCCACAAGCAACAGGUUCAAGGCAAGGUUAUCAAUGGCAUGUGGCCAAGAAAUCACUUACAUGUGCAAGAUAAUAACGGGGCAGCGGACUUUAUGCACGAACAGAGGCCACGCUGCUCAAUAUCUUUGCUUGAUUUUAAAGUUGCCAUGGAGCUAAAUCCACAGCAGCUAGGUGAAGAUUGGUCAUUGCUGCUGGAGAAAAUCUGUAUGCAUGCAUUUGAGGAUUGAAACAUUCCCAUGAAUAUUGUUGUUCAAAUCUCUAACUGGGUGUGGGUAUCCUGGUUCAAAGGACUUAUUGUUGGAAGUGUUGAUGACCUAGUUCUGUCCUGUUUGCCAUCAUGAACCAGAUGGGCCCCCCUUCAGAUGAGACUCGACCAUGCAAGAUAAAACAGUGGGUUUGAGCGUCCAAAUGUCUGUUUCCCGUGCUGCAAACCCUGUAUGAAUCAGGAAAUUAUUUAACAGCAACCAAGCAAAGGGAACUUUUAAAUAGAAUGUCCGUGAUUGGUUGCCCUGUUGUAUGAAAAGCUUCAGUGUUGGCUGGCCUGUGCCAUCGCUACCCAUCUGUAGUCCAUCUGUACAAUGUACAGCCAAGAAAGAGGAAGUCUAAGACAGUUUUGCAGGGAUAAAAUUCUUAUGUAGCUUGGGUAAAGAUAAUUUUUGACAGCAAUUUUAUUCAAUUUCUUUCUUCACUAGUCCUUGGAGCUUGCUUGUUGGUACUUGGUAGUGACAGAAAGCAGCAGUCUGGCAGACUUCGUAACUGGCCUGCGCAUCAUAGAGAGGCUUGCUUCCCGCAAUUUACACAAUCAACUUCACUCUCCAAUUGGCACUCCUAAAUUUCUCUUGCAAUCAGAAGAAAAUCAAUGUAGCUUUGCUGAAAAUUUCUGAAAACAAAUCUUAAAUAUGCAUGCUAAAUCAGAAGUAUUGAGGAGUGAAGUAAAGCAAGCCUUACAUAUGAGGUGAGAUCCAGAAAGCUUCUCUGUAUUGCACGGAGUAUUAAUUGAUAUUUCUAUAAGCAAUUCUAGGGGUCAAGAGUUGUUUUCUGCAAUGCUGUUUGUAGCUUAGUGAUGGGUGCUGGAAUAUUGACAUUCAAUCAUGAGAAGUAGUUCCAUUGUAUCUCCUCGGGUAAUGAAUUUUGCUCGCUUGUGUUUCUCAUAGGGGCAGAUUUAAAUGUGUAAUUGGAGUGUAGUACCCUUUUGGAGCAAAUAAGGAGACUGAUCAUUAUGCUGCUGAUAUGGAAGACAGCAGGAAUGUUAUUACUAGAGAGGAUGGGGAUUUCGCUUUUGUCUGCUUCCAGCAGGCAAUGCAGCAUUGCAAGGGACAAGCUGAACUGUUUUGCACCAUGUUUGGGAAAUGAAAAAUUGGAGCCAAGGAAAAUGAGAGGGAGGAUAAUCACUAUUUUCUUGUUCUGGAAAAUGCGGUGAAAAGAAAGUGAGGGUACCUUUAUUGCAUGCUGCUCUAUUUACAUGCAUGCUUGAUGGUCUUAACAAUCAUAAUCCGAACUGUUGUCUCUACUGGAGCACCUCUUGGUCUAGCCAUAAUGCCACGAUCGCUAUAAACUUUCUUCUCUAAAGCACCUCUCUGCAUUUUGUUUCAUUUCAUUUUUGUUUUUGGAUCCAAAUAAAAGCUGACUAAUCUCACUCCAUUUUCUUCACCACCUUCCCCUAUCCUAAACUGUUCUGGGAGGAAGGUUUUGCUUUAUUGACUUACAAUAAGAGUUAAUUAUUGAGAAAUUGCUAAAUGUUUCAGUAUCCAAAUGGGAAAAAUCAUUUUGAAGUGACGGCUAUUGAAGGAAAAGGAAAUGCAGCUAACCACAAGAGUUUCAGGAAAAGGGCACUCCUAAAAUUAUGGAUUCUCUGUCAUGUGUAGUGCAGGUGGAUCACAGUGACCUUUGUUUGUGUUAGGCAUCAUGAAAAGUAUGGUAGCGGAUCUUCAAGUGUUUUGAGGAGAUAACUUUGUUAGGCAAAAUAGCUUUUUUCAUGGCCUGUUCUUGCCGCAUAAAAGUAGUCUACUCAUUUACAAUUUCAUUCAGUUGACUCGGUUCAUCCAAUCUAAUCGUGUUGAGAAAUUCAUAUUUACAGGAACCUAGAUGUGUAUAUCCCAUCCCAUCAUUGAUCAAUGAUAUCUUGCUAAAUGUCUUAGGUGGCUGGUCAUA